UUAGGGUUCUAGCUUGGCGAUGGCGUUGAGGGCCGUGGUGCCGUGGACGCUGCCGGGAGCUGCGCCAUUGCAGCUCAAUGCUAGCAGCAGCGCCAUCAGAUGUGACGCGCAGGAGAAUCCAAGGGCGGCGACCGUGAUUUCGCGGAGGAAGAGCCUGGUCGGGUUCACGCUAGCGAUGGGUCUGGCUGCGAAUCAAACGGCUGCACUGGCCAGAGAGGUCGAAGUGGGAGCCUAUCUUCCCCCGGUCGAGUCCCUUCCAGGAUUCGUGCAAUUCAAGGCUUCUGGCAGAGAUACUCCAGCGCUUCGCGCCGGGAACGUUCAGCCUUACGAGUUUAUUCUCCCAUCGACUUGGAAGCAGCAGCGAAUCGCAAACAUCUUGUCUGGGAAUUAUUGCCAGCCAAAGUGUGCCGAGCCUUGGGUGGAAGUCAAGUUUGAGGAUGACAAGGAAGGGAGCCUGCAAGUGGUGGCAGCUCCCAUGGUCCGGCUUACAAACAAACCAAACGCCAGGAUCGACGAGAUUGGCAGUCCCGAGAAGCUCAUAGCUGCGUUGGGACCUUUUGUCACCGGGAACAGCUACGACCCUGAUGAAGUGAUUGAAACCUCCGUGAAGGAUCGAGACGGAGAAAAAUUCUAUUGCUACACGCUUGAGACGCCAUACGCAAAGACUGGCACUCACAACUUGGCAGCUGCGACGUCUAAAGGCAAUGUGGUGCUGCUCUUUGUAGUGAGCGCAAGCGAAUCACAGUGGUCCAAAUCGGAGAGCGUGCUGAGAACAAUUCUCGACUCGUUCAAAGCCUGAGAACUCUGGUAAGCAGGAGCUACAUAUUUACCACGCAUAGAGCUCGCAAUUACGUGUAAAGUUCUUACCCCACAGCACUCGUAGAAGGGACAGAAAAGUCUUUUUAGCGUAGCACGAUUUCGGCUGCGCGUACUUACAUGAAAGUAAAUAUUGAGAAACAUGUGAGAGGCACGACCAGGUUCUUGUCGCGAAGAUGUUUGUUGAUUUUUUCCCUUUUUGUGAGAAACGAGUUGACAGCUGCAGCUGUUUUGCCAGACAACCAGGAUCGACGGGUUCCUAUAUCUUUUCGGGUAAUAUUGUCGAAACUUGGAUGUGUUGGAAUCUUGUACGAAGGUUGUUUGCCAUGUCCAACUUGAUAGAUGCGUCCGGCAAUGAUACGGCAGCGCCGACCACUUCCACUCGCUCCAAAUAAUGUGGUGCGAGUUUUAUUUUUCCUCACCAGUUCGUCAAAAAGGGGGAAAGGAGAAAAGCCAUGGCUCUGUUUCUCUUUUUCGUUUUCCUUUCUUUUAUAAACCAGGUGGCCUGUUCUGUGCUA